AAUUCCAUUCAGCAGUCGUCAUAAUGCGGCGUGUAACUCUGCUACUGUCGGGUGUACCUCAAUAUGUAAAUCUUCCGGAUUUAAGUUACAACUUAGAUCGUUUAUUUAACACGAAUGAGAUUGGGACGUUUACGAUACGCGAUUUACCUAAUCACCCACAAACCAACAGGCGGCAAAUAGCUCUAGACUUUUUAUCAAGUUUUGAUGCUAUGGUCGCACAAGAAAAGUUAGAGGGUUAUGAGUAUGCAAUGGAAGACGGCCGGCAGUACACACUGCGGGCUAAAAUCAAUAAAUCUGAGGAAUAUAUGUGCAAGAAUUCCCACAGUCCAGAACAAUGUGGCAGCAGCUGGAACGGAGCAGACUGGCAGACUUUGGCAUUGCUACCCAAUUUGGACGGAGAAAUGUACCAUAGAGCUAAUGCUCGACUUGAUGCCCAACUUGAUUUGUUGAAAAAACAGCAGCUAGUAAUAGAAAAAGAGAAAGAAAUACUAAGAGAGAAAAGGAGACUGAAGCGGGAGUAUGGUAGUAUGCAUGCAUAUGAUGAAAGUGAAGCGUCAUCUUCGAAACGCUCGCGUUCCCGAUCGCGGGACCGUCGCUCCAGCUCUUGGCGCAGGUCGAGCUCACGAGAGAGACCUCACCAUGAUUCCAGACGCAAAUCGUAA